AUGGCGAUGAGCAAUUAUCUCAACCAUGUAUGGAUGAACAACAUCCUUCAUCCUCUAGCCCCAUCCUUGAACCUGAGUCAAGCUCAAGCAAUAAGAAAUCAAUGGAGUCUACCCCCUCACUUCAAUCCAAUCCAAUCUCAGCAAGUUCCAAUCGAUCUCCCCUUCUUCCCUCCAGGGGAGAUCAACAAUAUGAACCCAAUCUUCAUUCCUUGGACAACUCCAUUCGACAGUGUAGCUCUACAAAACAACUCCAAUAUGCAGCCACCACCCCAUGCACACCCUCCACCCCUACAAGAUCCCCAUGCACCACCUCAGAUCCCUCAAAUGAUCCCUCAGGCUCAGGCCCCUACCAAUGCACCAGAACCAGAAAACAUAGAAAAGGAGGAGGAGGAAGAAGUAAAUCUGCUGGGGUCAGGACCAGUCCUAGAGUUUUCAAGAAUCAACGAAGUAAAAGUGUAUCUAUUCAGGGACCAACGAGAGAAGAGAUGUGAGGCCUCCUCAGGACCCAACGGUGGGAAACCAUGCAAUGAUCUUUUUUCCAUCAUUGAGGAGGAAUCCAGUCCUUCAAGCCCAGAAGGGAAAAUGGGCCAACAACCAACCAUGCAAACAUGUUUAGGCCUACUAAUAUCAAAAUUUGGAACAUCCAGGGAGGAGCAUCACAAACAAAACUCUAACAAAGUAGCAAAAAGGAACCUGGUUCCUGACAAACGAUUCAGCCGAAAAAGUGCAGCUGACAAUGUUGUGAAGCAAGCUCUUGCUGCAUGGGGAGACUUCUCCAGUGAAUCGGAAGAGGAACCAGAUGCAAGAAGCAGCUCCAUGAUGGCAAUGCAAAAUGAAGAUGAUUCAUUGUUUGCAUUGAUGGCUCGGUCCGAUGAGGAUAAAGAGAAUGACAAUGAUGAGCUAGGAGAUGCCGAGCAAUCUAGAGAUGAUUUGAUGGUAGUGGUUGUUGACUUGAAGAAAACCAUAGAGAACCUUAGCAAAGAGAAGAAUACUCUAGUAGAGAAAAUUGCUGCUACGGAGCAAGAAAGGGAUGACAUGGUAGUUUCCUUUGAUGAUUUAAGGGAAAAAAUGGAAGAAGUAACUAGAGAACACAACUUGUUGAAAAAACAAACAAACAAAUGGAUGGACAACACUGAGGGAGAGGAAGUGGUUAGAAAGGCUCAACUUGAGCUUGAGAGUGAGCUUAAGAAAAUUGAAACAAGUGUUGUUGCUGAGCUUGAAAAGAAUAUACAACUUCAGGAGGAUUUAAAAAGGGUUAAAAAUAAUCUUGAUAAGUCACUAAAAUGGACCCGGUCCUCUGAUGUGAUAACGUCUAUAUACAGGGGUAAUGGUGGAAACAGGCAAGGCAUCGGGUUCCCAAAGGCUAAAACCUCCUAUAAUCACCAUAGGAAGUAUGUAACUGUGGCUGAUAAUAGGUUGUGCACUCACUGUGGUCAAACUGGUCAUUACAAGGACUCUUGUAAAGUUAAAAUUGAGUCUUUACAAAAAAAUAGAGUUUUUGUUGAAAAGAGGCGUACUGAUGAGGAACCUGAGGAUCUUGGCUGUCUGAGUGCUGUUAAUGAUAAUGCUGAGCUAUGGCACAGAAGUCUCGGUCAUAGCCUAAAGAACAUCAAGGAAGCAUUGAAAGAUGCAGACUGGAUUACAGCUGUGCAAGAAGAGCUGCGUCAACUUGAGAGGAACAGUAUGUGGAACCUGGUUCCACGACCUGCUGACAGAACUGCUAUGGAAGCCAGGCUCCCCGUAUACACAUAUGGUAGUCUCAGGACAAAAACAAGUAAGAGUGACAUUGCACUUCUAGGAGUCUUUGCUAAAAAAUUUCAAAAAAAAAAACCGUCACGGAACCUGGUUCCUGUGACUCAGAAUCAAAACCCCAAGAAGUCUUUGGUAGAUUUUGAUGGAAGUUUAACUGAAAGGGAACAGGGUAGAUCUAUUAGUCUAGAGUGUGAGGCUGAAGUUGUGGUUGGAUUUGUGGAAGUCUUGAAGGAUGGAGAAAUUGUAAAAAGGAUGGAGAAAAGCAGGCUGAUUAAUGAUGAAGUGGUGUACCCUGCUGAUGUGAUUGAGAAGAGAAAGAGGGAGACAUGGCAGCUCAGGGAUAGAAAGGGUAGUGUAAGUGAAGAACGUGGUUCCAUACAAAAGCAAAAGGUUGAGCCAUUAGGUUUGGAGGGAAAAGACGUUGAUGUCUCAAAAAGUGCUGUAAGGCAGAGUGUUGACUCUGCUAUUGCUGGAAAAAAAAAUGGAGGAACUUCUUGA